UAUAGUUCAUCCUGUUAGCAACCCUGCUAGUUUUAAAAACUAAGAUUAUUCCAAAAUUGAAACGAAGGCUAUAUUACCUAUAUAUAAAAGUUAGCCCUAAUUUUCAUAAAGAUAAAGACCAUAUGUUUGAUGACAACUCAAAAAUCCUUUAUAUUUGUCUUAAAAAAAAAUAGUUGCUUAUCAAAUAUUUGUUACUGUUGAUGGAAAUGGAAUGUAGAUAACAGGGGUUAUCAAUUAGGAAUUGGCCACAACUAAUUUGAACUUGCAGUGCUUUAUCAAAGUGAACAUGUCUUAUCGGGAUACAAAAUAUUCUGAGGAACAUCCCAGAAAUUUAAUACCAGAAUUAUGUAGGCAGUUCUAUCACUUAGGAUGGGUCACUGGAACUGGUGGUGGUAUAAGCAUAAAAUAUGAUUCAAAAAUUUACAUUGCACCUUCAGCUGUGCAAAAAGAGAGAAUACAGCCCAAUGACAUGUUUGUUCAAACGAUAGAUGGUGUUGACUUAGAACUGCCUCCUGUUGAGAAAAAACUGAAAAAAAGCCAAUGUACCCCGUUAUUUAUGUGCGCUUACACAAUGAGGAAUGCAGGUGCUGUCAUUCACACUCAUUCAAAAGCAGCUGUUCUGGCGACUUUACUAUUUCCUGGUAAAGAGUUUGUAUGUACCCAUUUGGAAAUGAUCAAAGGCAUUAGGAAUCAAGCAACUGGAGUAAACUUUAGGUACGAUGAAAAAUUAGUGGUUCCCAUAAUAGAAAACACUCCAUUCGAAGAAGACUUGAAAGAUAUGUUGGCAGAGACUAUCCAGAAAUAUCCACACACUUGCGCCGUUCUUGUUCGAAGACAUGGGGUUUAUGUAUGGGGAGAUACGUGGCAGCAUGCAAAAACUAUGACGGAGUGCUACGAUUAUUUAUUUGAUGUUGUUGUGCAAAUGAAACAGCUUGGGCUGGAUCCCAGCCUCACACCAGACGAGUACGAGUUGAAAUUUCAAAGUGGAAAAUGAGAAGUUGUCAACAAUAUCAUUUAGAAUGACUGUGCAGUUUGAAGACACCAAUUACAUAAGUAACUAGAAUAUAUUUCACGAGUUUUAUCCUUAUUUUAUUGGGGUCAUUGGUGAAAAUUAAUUAUCUCAGUAGUUUGUAAUAUACGAGGGUCGUCUGAAAAGUUUUCGGCCUAACAAAGAUACAAGACAUUUUUUCAGAUUUUUCUUUUUUUUUUCAACACAGUCUCCUUUUAACCCUACACACUUCUCCCAGCGAUGCUCCCAUCUUUGUAGAAUAGUUCUCGGCGUCUUUCUCUGCAAAAUAAUUGUUCACAAAAAUGUGAUUGCCUCUUCAUUUGGUGAAACAGGAUUUUCUUUUUCUCCAAAUAGGGCCGUUUUUCCGCAAGUUCUGUUCUCAGCUUGUCAACUAAUGAUACAUAGUUUGCUCAUAAAUAGAAUCCAACUCAUCUUUGAUUUGCAUAAACGUAUUGCCUUUUAAAAACAAGUCAAUACUUAAUUUUGUCCAUUUCCAUAAAAACACUCGCAUCAACUCAUUCAAACGGCUGUUACAUAAAAAUUGCGUGUCCGAAAUGGCUGAAACUUUGGUGAGUAACUGUCAACAGGUGAACAACGGAGUCCUCUAGCUUUUAUUUACGAAUGCUGCUGUCUGAGGUCAUAAACUUUUCAGACCACCCUCGUACAUACUUCUUUGUGUCAAAUGAAACAUAAAUGUGACUUACAAUUAGUAUAUCAAAUAUAUUCAAAUUCUUUGUUAUAUCACGAUGUAUAUACAUAUCAAUCAACAGAAGUUUGUAAAUUAAAGUACAGCCACAACAACUAUACUAAUAAAUAACAAUAUGAUUAUCACCCAGUA